CCACUGACGCUGGAGAUGGAAGCAGGCAGCUGACAGGCUGAGGACCUUCGCUGAAACACUUCAGGAGCUUUCUGAGCAGGACGACUGGCGACAUGGACGAAGUGGACAACCUGUUCAACCCCAGCCUUGCAGCCGCUCUUAAGAAACUGGACCCCGAGGAUGGAGAGCAGAUCAUGGAGUAUUUAAAAACUCACGCACUGCUGAGCAGAGAAAAAGCCUUGCUUCAAGCGUCCGUUAGAGAGCAGAAGAAGCUGCUGGUUGAAAAUGGCAAACUGAAAAAGGACAUCGAACAGCUGAGAGGUCAGCUGCAGGACAAACAGAAGAGACGGAGCGCUAAGGCUGUGCUGUCUCAAGCCCCACCUCCUCAUAGUGUAAGCCCCGCCCACACCAAACCUGAAGGUGGAUCCACCUCCCUGCCAGGAGCAACAGCUGGUGUUCCUUCAAACCCUCCUCCCUCUGCCUCCUUAAGCGACGUUAAAGACAGACCAAGCAGAAGGAGGAGAGGAGAGAAGAAAGUGCGUGCCAACACAGACACACUCACUCUGGGGGAGGAGUCUCGAAUUGAUGCUUCACGCCUGGAUCUGCGUGUUGGAAGAAUCCUGAGCAUCCGUCGCCAUCCACUGGCUGAAACCAUGAGUGUUCAGGAGGUGGAUGUGGGAGAAAACAGCCCCCGGACGGUCGUCACCAAGAUGGGAGGGGGGAAAGAUCUCGACCAGCUUCAAGGCUCUCUUGGAGUGUUUCUAUGCAACGUAAAGGCCUCAAAAAUGAGGGGCGUGGCCUCACAGGGCCGCCUCAUAUGUUGCUCCGCUUCCGACGACAGCAUUGAGCCUCUGGUUCCGCCUGCAGGCUCCGCCCCUGGAGACAGAAUCACCUUCUUGAACUAUCCUGGCGAGCCGGAUCGAGAGCUUCCAUCCAAACUGAAGAUCUGGGAGCUUCUUCUGCCUGAUCUGCAGGUGGACAGCAAGGGUGUGGCCAACUAUAAAGGCUGUGGGUUUGAAGUGAAGGGGAAGGGACUGUGCAGAGCUCCCUCUCUCACUAACUGCACAAUCAGAUAGAGGAAGGCCCAAUGGGCUUUGUUUUGCCUAUGGAUGAUUUGACUGAAAACUGCUGGUACAGGUUGAUAGAUUGAAGUAUGUUCCUUCUUUUAGUGUGAAAGCAUAAAAAAAUCAAUAAAUAA